UUGCAAUGAAGGUACGUGGUACACAUACCACAGAACCUACCGUUAGAUGCAGCAGCGCCGCUAUUGUGUGCGGGGGCGACGGUGUUCACCCCCAUGAAAGACCACAACCUACACAAACCAACGGGGAAGAAGAUCGGGGUGGUUGGGCUCGGGGGUCUGGGACACGUGGCGGUGAAGUUUGGGAAAGCCUUUGGUCACCACGUAACUGUCAUCAGCACCUCUCCGGCCAAAGAGCAUUUGGGUGCCGACGACUUCCUCGUCAGUACUGAUCCUCAACAAUUGCAGAAAGGGAAGAGGACACUCGACUUCAGUGCACCGGAUCAACCAUUUGAAUUGCCUUCAUUUCCUCUUAUAUUUGGGAAGAGAGCAUGAUAGGAGGAAUAACUGAGAUAAAGGAGAUGAUGGAUUUAUGCGGGAAGCACAAGAUUACAUGCGACAUUGAGCUUACAACGCCGGACAAAAUCAACGAGGCAUUGGACCGCGUUGCAAAGAAUGACGUUAGGUACCGAUUUGUCAUUGACAUUGCUGCUGACCCUAAUGCUAAUGCUCAAAUAUCUCCAAAUUUUAGAGCUUCUGAGUGUUAGGGUCUACUCAGACGAUUGUUUUCUAUUGCGCUCUUUCGUAUAGUUAAUAAUUUGGGUUUUAUUAUCCUAGUCGCUAAAGCAAUAAAAGUGUGUGCUGAAAUAAAUUUCUUUUAUAUAAGCCAAGUCAAUAAGUAUGUGUCAUGGAUAUGGGAUUUAAUCCAUAUCAAAGGCAAGUUUAUGUUAUUUGAAUUAGUCACGGUUGGGUCAAAAGAUUCAUUGUGCUAUCGUUAAAUUGCCGCGUACAUGUAGGAGCAAUUCCUCCGCCCUUCUUGUAUUUCUUCCUUGACUUAAACAUU